AUGCCGCUGAGUGAUCCACAGUUUGUUAAACCUCGAACAUUCCAUAGUGAUCUAAAUGGAUUAUCCAGUCAAAGUAACUGCAACAAUAAUACUUUGCGAUCACAGAAGGAUUAUGAGGAUCCUGAAUAUUAUUAUUCGAAGCCACCUGAUCUUUCUCAGAAACAAAUGCCACCACCACUACCGCCGAUAAAUUCGCUGCAAAAAAUUAUUCCAACGCAUCUUGUCAUAGAGCAUAAACAGAGAAAUGGUUGUAAUUCAAAGUUGAUGUCAUUGGGCUCUUUACUGGCCACAGCAAUUAUACUAUUCAUUCUAUUGUUGGCUUAUUUUCUGGUCUGGGACUUUAAAAAAGGCAGCAAUUUUCAAAAUAUACGACAGUCCAUAAUUCCUAAAAUUCAGGAUAAUUAUUCCAAUGGAAAUAUGUUCAGUAGUUUCGAUACAAAUGUAAUAAAAUCGAAGGUAGAUAUCGAUAUUACAUCAACUUUUCUCCUUACGUUGCUAAUUACAAAGCGGAAAUUAUGCUUGUUUGAAGCGGGUACUGAUCGAAAUGAAGAAUCGAAAAAAGAAUACCGCGAGGAACAUAUUGAAUCAGCACGUCUCCUACAAUUCGGAAAUUUGAGUGUAAACGGUGCACCCAUUCAUCCGCUUCAAUUUCAACGAUAUGCUCGAAGUUUAGGCGUAGAUUCAGACUGUUAUGUAAUUAUUUACGAUCGAGGAGAAGUUGUCUGGGCUACGCAUGCUUUUUGGAUCUUUACGCUGUUUGGACAUCAGAAAGUUUCACUAUAUUCUGGUGGUAUAAACGAAUGGAAAAAGUUGAAGGAUAAUUCAGCACAAUAUAUGACGGAGAGUGGUGAUGGUAUAUAUCCGCAGCGUAGCGGUCAUUUCCGGGCUGAAUGGAAUACCAGUGUAAUUUGCACCUUUGAUGACGUUCUCACAAACACGGAACUAAGAACAUAUGAUUUAGUGGAUGGCCAGGAUCGUGAGCAAUAUGAAGGCAUUUCAUUAAAUGCAGUAUACGGUCAUAUUCGAUCAGCAAUCAAUAUCCCAGCAAAAGUUGUUUAUGACUGGCAUAAUCAGAAGUGGCAUGAUGAAUUGGAUUUGAAAGCUCAAUUUCGUUCAAGAAAGCUCAAUCAGAAUCGACCAGUAAUCGUCUACUCUUCAUCAGCUAUUCGUUCUAGUUUAAUCUGGUUCGCACUGAGGAAGUCUGGCUACAAUUCAAGUAUUUAUUUAGGCUCUUGGCCAGAAUGGCUUAUACGGGCACCCGAAUUUCUCAAAGUUAUACCAAAGAAAAAGUUUUAA